AGGGUAGGCUAAACGCCCCUCAUUUUUGAAAAUCAAAAGGCACUGUUUUCCAUGUGGUGUGGGUGUACUCUGUGAUCAAUAAAAACCAAAGUUCAACUCAUUUGCACAAAUUUUGGACCCCGCUCAAUGGGCUCAAAUAUCAAAUUUUGGCCUCAAAAAUCCAUAUAAUGACCGGUAAGAUAACCUUCAAAAUAAAAAUCUCAAAGGCACUGUUUUUUGAUUGAUUUUUUAUGUUCAUAUGAUCAUUUUAAGCCUAACUUUAUGAUAAUUGAAUAAGACUAAGACUGUGCUCAAGAAUUUUGGACCCUGAGGUCUGACCCGGUUUCCUUAAAAAUUAACCGGUUUUUAAAACAUUUUUUAUUAAACGGUUUGUUUAUUUUACUAAGAUCGCGAUAAUUUUAGACGUCCUAUGCAGUAAUUAAUUUUUUCGCAUAGAAAAAUCGUUGUUUUAGAUAAUUAUGGGAAAAGACACAAGAUCAAAAUAUAAAGUUUUUUUGAUAAAUGAUAUUAUCAAAAUACUAUCAUCAUCUCAAUUGCCUACUGGAGAGCAAGUUCUGCAAUAUUUACAUGGCAAACUAUUCAAAGCAAGAAAAGAAAAUUUAAAAUAUAGACUCUGUGAUAUGGUUUCUUGCAAAUUUCCACAUGGGAGUUUUGAAAUUGGUUGCAAUAACCCUGGAGGGUGUAAUUUUCUUAAAAGCACAUGUGUUGUUUCGUCACUGAAGAAAAUCUGGAAAAGAAGUGCAAUCCCAAUAGUAGCUGACUAACAUAUUAGAAGUAAGAUAUUGUGCUUGGAAGAUCGUAGAAAGAAACUAUCAAAGAACAAAUUACGUGACACAAAACACAAUUUAAGAAAAAUAGACGCUUACAAACUUGAAAUAAAGUGCUUAUUUGAUAUUAGUGUGAAUGAUGCACAGCAAAAAAUUCUAUUGAAUAAGCAAGUCACUAAAAAGGAAAGAAAUAUUGAUAUAAACUUUUUGAAUGAUCAACGAGGAGAACGUAAAGCUGUCAUGGGUGGAAUAGACAAGAAGUACUUAUUUACUACUCAUAGGGGAUUGAGUUUACCAAUAAGAGAAUGACUACUUCAAAUAGUAACAGAUUAGCUUCUGAAUUUAUAACCAAUUUAACUUUAAAUCAGGUUAGAAAUAGCAGUGUAGAAGCACAGAACAAAGAGGAUAAUCAAGAUUUUGAAUAUCAAAAGGACUGCAAACCAAGAUCUCAUAAGAGAAAACCAGAUUUUGUUGAAGUUAUGCUACCUAGAAAAAUCUUAAAGGCCACUGCUGUUACAGCAAAGAGAUACGGUAUUCAGAGUUCAGCGCAUACCGCUACAUUGGCUAAUGUCAUCAACUCAGCAGGCGGAAAUCUAAAGGACUUUGAUAUUUCUGUUACGUCAGCAAAGGUUCAUUCAAGUGCUGUAAUUAGUGAAUAUAGUUUAAAAGUUAAAGAAGAUUUUAUUGUAAAAGCUAAGGGGAAACUACUUUGUGUUCAUUUUGACACAAAAAUAGUAAAAGAGUAUUUUUAUGGUGCGAAUAUAAAUGUUGAGCGGUUAGCACUAGUGAUUUCAAGUCCUAGUAUUGAUAAAGAACAACUUAUUGGAGUUCUUUCUAUCACAGAUAGUCAUGGAAUAACACAAGCAAAAGCAAUUAAGGAAAUACUGGAAUCUUGGAAUCUCUGGGAUUCGGUACAUAGUGUAUGUUUUGACACUACAUCUUCAAAUACAGCAUGUAGCACUUGCAGUUUCUGGAAAUAUGUCUGAUGGACCAGUUGAUAAUCUUUUCAAAAAAAUUCAAAAUUUCUGGGAAACUAUUAAGCCUGACAUAAAUUUAAACAAUCUUAACAGGUUUGAAUGGAGCAAGAGAAAAGGAACAUUUUUAGAAGAACAGGCUCUAAAAACCAAAAUAUAUCUUGAAUACGCCUUGUUUACAGAAAAGUUUCCUCGUGGUGACUAUAAGCAUUUAGCAGAACUUGUUUUGGUUUGGCUAGGCAGUGAUAAGCUUGGAAAUUUUAAGUUUCGUAAACCUAUAGCUUUUCAUCAUGCAAGAUUUCUUUCAAAAGCUAUCUACUACAUGACAAUAGAACUGCUUACAUUUCAUUUGCAACAAUUUGAUAUAAUUAGGGAAGAAGAAAUAGCAACAGUCCCUCAAAUUGCUGAGUUUAUUGGGCUUUUUCAUGCAAGAUAGUUUCUGAAAGCACCAUUGGCAGUUUCUUCUCCUUCUUUAGACUUAUGUGCAAUCAGGGAUAUGACCAAGUAUGGAUCAUUUAACAAAACUGUGUCAACUACUGCUAUUAAAAGUAUUAAAAUUCACUUAUGGUUUC